GGUUUGAUCCAGACUGUUGCAAUGCUUCGGCAGAGCGCAGAUACAUAUUGAAUACAUUACAGCGCACAGCGGCUUAAUCUUACGCGGCUCUGAAAGGUAUCUCUGCAACGUAAACUGAUGUGUGCUCUUCCUAACGCCCCUAACAAGAACGAUCGCUGCAUCGCCAUCUCGAAAUGCAUGCUGCGACAAACAGUUUCUUCAUUUGUUUCCUCUCCAUACUCGCUCGUAUGUACCAACGUAGGUAGAAACGGGGGCUGUGGAGAAGCGCGGAGCACCUUUACGUUAAGUAAAUCUGAAAGUUAAUUGGACCGUGGGCCUUGCGUGAUUUUACAGACUCGAUUUCCACAUUGUUUUACAGUGUACGAGGAAGUGAGAGGACAGAUUUGGACAUGAGUUGCCUACAAUAUACGUGGAAUUACCUCUAGCUGCAACAUGGCUGCUGCUUAGAUGUUUAUUGGAAAAGUUCAGCUUUGAGCCUUUGUAAAGUUUUUUUAAAUAGUCCACUUUGUUGAAAAAUAACUUUUCUGUCGUGAUAUAACUGUGGAUUGGACUGGACUGGAUUGGACUACACUGGGAUUCAGAGCAAGUGAGGCUCGCCGUCAUUCAGUUUUGCUCUCUGCAUGACAGCAACGCAACAGCAAGGGCUUUCCGCGAACAUUCUCGCCUUUAUCAGCAUUUUAAACUUGGUCAAAGACGUGUAGUUUUACAGGAGAAUAUGCAUUUCUCCAUUCCUGAGACGGAGGUCCGCUCCGAUGAAAAUGGAUCUUCGUAUGUGGCUUACAAUAUCCAUGUGAAUGGCGUCUUGCAUUGUCGAGUACGAUACAGCCAACUUUUAGGCCUUCAUGAACAGAUAAAAAAAGAAUAUGGAAAUAACGUGGUGCCUGCUUUUCCACCAAAGAAGAUCUUUACUCUCACACCGGCUGAAGUUGAUCAGAGAAGAGAACAGCUGGAGAAGUACAUGCAAGCUGUGCGUCAGGACCCAAUUCUGGGAUCCAGUGAGAUGUUCAACAGCUUUUUGAGGAAAGCUCAACAGGAGACCCAGCAGAUCCCCACUGAAGAGGUGCAGCUGGAGAUCUACCUGUCCAACGGCCAGAAAGUCAAAGUCAACAUCCUCACAUCUGACCAGACCGAGGACGUUCUGGAGGCGGUGGCCUCAAAGCUUGACCUUCCAGACGAGCUGGUGGGAUAUUUCAGUCUGUUCCUGGUUCAGGAGAGGGCUGAUGGUGGCUGCACGUACGUGAGAAAAUUGCAGGAGUUUGAGCUGCCCUACGUGUCCAUCACCAGCCUGCACAGUUCAGACUACCGUAUCGUCCUACGAAGAGUGCGUCAGGACCCAAUUCUGGAUCCAGUGAGAUGUUCACAGCUUUUGAGGAAAGCUCAACAGGAGACCCAGCAGAUCCCCACUGAAGAGGUGCAGCUGGAGAUCUACCUGUCCAACGGCCAGAAAGUCAAAGUCAACAUCCUCACAUCUGACCAGACCGAGGACGUUCUGGAGGCGGUGGCCUCAAAGCUUGACCUUCCAGACGAGCUGGUGGGAUAUUUCAGUCUGUUCCUGGUUCAGGAGAGGGCUGAUGGCGGCUGCACGUACGUGAGAAAAUUGCAGGAGUUUGAGCUGCCCUACGUGUCCAUCACCAGCCUGCACAGUUCAGACUACCGUAUCGUCCUACGAAAGAGUUACUGGGACACAGCGUACGACAGUGAUGUCAUGGAUGAUCGUGUGGGACUCAACUUAUUAUAUGCUCAGACGGUGUCAGACAUUGACCGGGGAUGGAUCCUGGUAAACAAAGAGCAGCACAGACAGCUGAAAUCCCUGCAGGAGAAGGGCUCAAAGAAGGAGUUCAUCAGAUUGGCUCAGACACUGAAGUACUACGGUUAUAUCAAGUUUGAUCCCUGCAUCACAGAUUUUCCAGAGAAGGGCUGUCAUGUUAUAGUCGGAGCUGGAAACAAUGAGCUCAACUUCCACGUCAAGCUGCCCAGUGAGCAGAUGAAAGAGGGCAGCUUCAAAGUCACGCGCAUGAGAUGCUGGCGGGUCACGUCAUCUCAGGUGCCGGUGGCCAACGGUACCGCAAACCCCAGCAGCUCCAGUAAAUGUGAUGUGAAGCUAGAGCUGGCCUUCGAGUACUUGAUGAGCAAAGACCGUCUGCAGUGGGUCACCAUCACCAGUCAACAGGCUAUCAUGAUGAGCAUCUGUCUGCAGUCUAUGGUAGAUGAGCUGAUGGUGAAAAAAUCUGGCGGAAGCAUUAAAAAGAUGCAGAAGAAGCGACUGAAUGGCUCGUUACAGCGCUCUGACAGUCAGCAAGCUGUGAAGUCUCCUCCAAUACUGGAUUCUCCUGAUCCCAGCCGUGAACAAGUAGUCAAACUUUCGACCAAGCUGUCUUCUGUCUCCCUGAGAGGACUUAGCUCUUCUAACUCAGCGGGUGACAUCAGUGGCAAUGACUUUCAUGGAAACUACGCUUUUGAAGGAAUAGGGGACGAUGACCUGUGAUGCAGCCGUCCUUAAAGACCGGACUGAAGGAGGCAGAUUCAUUUAGUGCUUUCUCUGAGCGUAGUUCAAAAGAUGCCCAGUUCUGCAAUAUCGUAAAUCCUUCCAGAAAAAAAAUGAAAUAGCAUUAACUGCUCGAAAUAUUGCUGACAAAGUACAUCAUUUUGACUCGAGUCUUUAAUUCGUAAGUGAAUGAGAUUCAGCGCACGUUCAAUUAGUCACAGCAGUUAGAUAUAAACCUUAACUUGGAGACUAUUAAAUUAAUCCAGGGUUACUGUUUCACCUCAGGGCGAGUUACUGCAUUCAUUUAGACUGUGAUGAAAGUUUAAUCUUCAGACGGGCUUCAGUGAAUCGUACUUCCUUACUAGAGACACAAAACUGUGCUUUUCCUCUCAUUUUGUCAACAUCAAGUCCUGUUCUUGCCUACUAGACUAAGCUCCAUACCAGCAAACUGUGUUGAUAUGCUUCUAUGAAAAUCCUUUAUUUCACAGAGAAAAGGAUCUGCUUCGUUUCAUGACUUCUGCCGUGAUAAAUCAGCUUCCUGUUUUCUUCAGGAGAGGUAAUAUUGUGGCUUAUUCAACCAUAUUCAUUGCACAUCCUUGAUGAAUACACAAGUUCAGAAUGAAAAACCACCCUCUUUAUUGUGGCCUACUUUCUGUCUACCUUAAACUGAUUCAUCAGUUCAGCUUCUCCAAAUGAAAAGAAAUGUAGCGCUAGACACAAGUUGGCUAAAAAGCUUCUCUCGUUCAAGCCUUGGCUGUGUUUUGAAUCUUGUUUUGGUGUGUUCGGCAGGCCCGCUUGCACUAGCUCAGCUCUUUUUUUUUUUUAAGCACAGUAUUAAGAAAAGAGGUGAAUAGGGUGUGCAUUGAGGUGGGAAAACAUCCUGGAACAUUGGCAAGAGGUUUGUAGAUCUGCCAGUUGUGUGCAAAUUAUGUCUGUUCUGUUAUUCAUACCAAUAUAUCAAAAAGGUUUCUCAUAAAUGCCAAAUUAUAGUUCACUAAAGCAUUUUGCACAAAGUAAAAUCAUGGUAAUGUCACUUUUUUAUAUAUAUAAAUGUACAUGCAAUGUUUAAAAAAAAAGUAUUCUGAAUAUUUACUAAUAUGUGUAUUAUCUUUAGUAUAUUACAAACAAUUACCGCUGAUCAAAUAUAUUCCAGGCUGUGUAUAUAUAUAUAUAUAAAUGUAUAUUUAAAAAAAAAGAUUAGAAACUAACAUUUAUCAGUGUUUACAGAAUUGUAGAAAAUUUAAAGUGUUUACAAAUUUCACAUCUAAAUUUGAAUGAUUGUGUAAUACACUUUAUAUAUUUUAUUUUGAAGAAUCAUCAUUCCUGUCUCUCUUUUUUUGUAUAAUCCAUUUUGUAUUUUACUAAAUACAUUGUGGCAAUCAUCUCAGAGGACUGUGAUCACAUUGUGCUUGGGAAAUGGCUGUAUUUUACAUUUAUUCUGGGGUUUUGACUGCAUUGAUAGUCACAGUGAAUGAAAUGCAUACCCUUCAUAAUAAAUCUACAGCUAUGGAAAAACAAAUUGAGACCACUGGAUUUAUGAGUUAUAGUUACUGCAUGUGUUUGAGUAAAUAUAUAUGUUGUUUUCUCUGUAAACUACGCAUGACCUUUCUUCCGAUUAAAGUGUAGUCAUUUAGAGAAUUUUUUUAAGUGACAAAAAAUGUGCCAUGUUGCCUGACGUGUAUUAAUUCAUGAUUAGACAAAUCAAAACCAACCUCGGAAGAAUUACGAAAUCAAUAUUUGGUGAGAGAACUCCCGAGUUUCAGUAAAACAUUAAUGAAAGAAAUUAAAACAUUUAUUUUGACCAAUUGUCAUUAUCUGAUAAGGAACAAUAUGCUCCAAGUGACAAUUUCUGUCCUUUAUCAGACAUUUAUAGACUAAAACAAAUAUUAACCUUUUACUCAAACCCAUACUUAUUAAAUCAGUAAAUCCACUGAAUAAUCUCAGGUGGCCUCUUACAUUUUUCCGUAGCUGUUCGGUUCCUCCCAUGUGCAUAAUGUUUAAUGGUUGAAUGAUUGUUUUUCAACUGACGACUAUAAUCCGUGAUUGCCAUGUUCAUUAUUUUCACCAGCAUCAUCAUUUAGGAUGAAAAGGGCAAACUGUCUUUACUCCUAAAGCUUGUACAUCUGUCAUAAUGCUUAUCAAUAUGAUUUAUUUUUUAAAUCAUCACUUCAAAUGGAAGAUAGAGCCUUCUGGGUUUCAAUAAAUUUAGGUGCCAAACAAUGA